CUGUGACGGCGCCCGCCGCGGCUGUGGCGCUUUGGUGACGACGGGUUGCCCCACGGGCGCCGCCGGCCUACAGGGGGCGCUGAGUCCCGGAGCCCCGCGCGAUGCCCGCCGUCAGCCUGUUGCCGCUCUUCGGCAGCCCCGCCGGCCCGGGCGCCCUGGGCGGCCCUCUGGGCGGAGGUCCGUUGGGCGGGCCCGGAGGGAGGAAAGCCCCCGGCCCCAGCGGCGCGUUCCGCCUGACCGAGAAGUUCGUGCUGCUGCUGGUCUUCAGCGCCUUCAUCACGCUCUGCUUCGGGGCCAUCUUCUUCCUGCCGGACUCCCCCAAGCUGCUCAGCGGCGUCUUCUUCCACUCCAGCAGCAACCUCCAGCAGCAGCCGCCGCCGCCCCCGGCGCACGGGGAACACCAGCGCCCGCCGCAGCCGCCCGGAGCCGGGAGUAGUAGCAGCGGCUAUGGGGCCGGCGGGGCUGCCGCCGCCGCCGCUGUUGCAGAGGAAGCCGCGGAGAACUUGGCGAAGAUCCGCGAGGACCACGAGCGAGCUUUGCGGGAGGCGAAAGAAACCCUCCAGAAGCUGCCCGACGAGAUCCGCAGGGACAUCCACCAGGACAAGGCGAAGUUUCUGCUGCAGGACAAGUUGGGCAGGAGGGAGGCGGGGGCCGCCGGGCUACCGGACUUGCUGUUUCGCAAACCCAUCGGAGCCGUGGGAGGGGAACCGACCGACCCCGCCAUCCGGAAGAAAAGGGAGAAGAUCAAAGAGAUGAUGAAACAUGCCUGGGAUAAUUAUAAACAUUACGCAUGGGGAUUAAAUGAACUGAAACCCAUAUCGAAACAAGGACACUCAAGCAAUUUAUUUGGUAAUAUUCAAGGAGCAACAAUUGUCGAUGCCUUGGAUACACUGUACAUCAUGGAAAUGAAAGAUGAAUUUAAAGAAGCUAAAGAAUGGGUAGAGAAAAAUCUAGAUUUCAAUGUGAAUGCAGAAGUUUCCGUUUUUGAAGUGAACAUUCGCUUCGUUGGUGGGCUGCUUUCAGCAUACUACCUUUCUGGAGAAGAGGUAUUUCGGAAGAAAGCAGUAGAACUAGGAGAGAAACUGCUUCCAGCCUUUAACACGCCGACAGGAAUUCCUUGGGCAUUGUUAAAUAUCAAAAGUGGCAUUGGUCGCAACUGGCCCUGGGCUUCAGGAGGAAGUAGUAUUUUGGCAGAAUUUGGAACUCUUCAUUUGGAAUUUAUGCAUCUAAGCCACUUAUCUGGAAAUCCAGUGUUUGCUGAAAAGGUUAUGAACAUUAGAAAAGUUUUAAAACGAUUGGAUAAGCCAGAAGGUCUUUAUCCUAAUUACCUAAAUCCGAGCAGUGGCCAAUGGGGUCAACAUCAUGUGUCAAUUGGAGGGCUUGGAGAUAGCUUUUAUGAAUAUUUGCUGAAGGCAUGGCUAAUGUCAGACAAGACAGAUGAAGAAGGCAUGCAGAUGUAUUAUGAUGCUGUUCAGUCUAUCGAAACCCAUCUGCUCCGAAAAUCUAGCACUGGUUUGAUGUACAUUGCUGAGUGGAAGGGUGGGCUGCUUGAACACAAAAUGGGCCACCUCACUUGCUUUGCUGGAGGGAUGUUCGUUCUGGGUGCAGAUGGAGCACCUGCUGAUAAAACUGGACGUCACAUUGAACUUGGUGCUGAAAUUGCCCGCACAUGUCAUGAGUCUUAUGAUCGCACAAGCAUGAAGCUGGGACCAGAAGCCUUCAGGUUUGAUGGUGGAGUUGAGGCAAUUGCUACUAGACAGAAUGAAAAAUACUACAUCUUACGGCCUGAAGUUAUCGAAACCUACAUGUAUAUGUGGAGAUUCACUCAUGAUCCAAAGUACCGGCAGUGGGGCUGGGAAGCUGUAGAGGCAUUGGAAAAAUACUGCAGAGUAGAUGGCGGCUAUUCUGGUGUUAGGGAUGUUUACAGCAACCGUCAAACCCAUGAUGAUGUGCAGCAGAGUUUCUUCCUUUCAGAAACACUCAAGUAUCUAUAUUUAUUAUUUUCUGAAGAUGAUCUUCUACCGUUUGAACAUUGGGUCUUUAACACUGAGGCACACCCUCUACCAGUUCUGAAAAAAGAAGAGGAGGAAAAAAGAAAAAGCCAAUAAAAUAAUGCUGAAUUAUGUUUGGGGCACACAAUGUAGUAAUUAAAAUUCCAUCUUUUUUUGUUUUGAACCAAUUUUUUGCAGUCUGGUGUCUACCCGUACAAUAUUUAACAAGGAACCUAAAGUAAUUAAUUAUAAUUAAACGUACUUAUCUUUUGACAGGAAUUGUAACUUGUCAUCUCUAGAUUUUGUUAGGCUGCAGUGUGCAUCUGGCCAAAUAGAAUACAGAGGUCAGCAUGUUACUUGUUUUCCGUUUUGUUUUUGACUGCAAAAUCCUUUCCUCCUCUGUGAGGAGAUGUCUGCUUUAAGCUGUAAUACUUUGCUGUGUUGCAAAAAGCCAUAAAGAAUUAAGUAUGAAGAGCUUUUUCUUUUUUUAAUAUAUGUUAAUGUGGUUUGUCUAUUACUAGAGACAAAUCUGACUGUGACAGCCUCUUCUUAUGCGGGUCUAUCAUUAAUUGGUAAUUUGAAUACUUUAGAAGGUGUUCUGUUCAUAAAAAUAAUUUCAUCUCAUCUGUGCACUAUUAUGUUAAACUGUGGCUUUUCUUGAUAGGCAAAGUCCAGAUGUUGAAACCCUUAUCUAAUAAUUUUAGAACAUAACUGCAAAUCAACUUAAACACAAGUAAAUUUGGGGCCCUUUUUUUUUCCUUUUCCUGUAUUUGGUUUCACAAGCAGCCACCAUACCAAGAGCAUAGUAGCUGCCAUCUGAACUUACCCUUAUCUACAACAAUUUGAGACUGCGAUUCUCGAAACCUCCUGUCAGUGCAAAGUUUCAGCAUGAUUUGCAUUUGAAGGCACAACCUGGUUUCUCCUGAAACUUGUAAUUUCUUAUGAGAAACGGGUUGAUCUGUGAAAUCCUUUGUGUUAAGCCUUAUUCCACUUAAAGACUAGGAUUGGCUAGUGUGCAAGUAUGUUGAUUGCCAUUUCAGACAUUCCACUGCGUGCUGUAGAAGUAGGAAGAGAAGAUGCUAUGCUUUAGAAAUCCACAUUUCAGCUUUCAUUCACGUUUGAGAGAUGGAAACAAACCACUACUGCUUUAAAUGCUUUGCUUUAAAAAAGAUUCCACUCUGUACUCAUAUUUAUCAGUGUUAAUCGAAGUGACAGAAAUGGAAUGUUGGUUGAGACAGCCCAAUUUUUUCCAAUAACUUUGGUUAGUGGUCUAACCAGAGAAUGAAACAGCACCGAUUUUUUCAGUUUACCAGUUGGGAUGCCUUUCUGAGCAGAAUAGCUUUUAAUUAGUGAUUAAUAUAUUAAAGCUACUUGACCACAUAGGUGCUUGUGAUUUAACAGGCCAACACUGUUAUUCUAAUCUAUUGCAAACCUUUUUAUGCUGAGAAAUACGAGAACCACAGAUUUGAUCCAACACAGGUAACUCCUUGGUAGCUGAAGGACUUUUUGGAAUGGUGCAUAAAAUGAGUGAUCCGCAGAUAUAAAAACAAAAACCUGGUGAUAAUCUGCAUCAGUUUCUGUGCUGAUGAACAGCUUUACACAAUUCUAACUUUCAAUAUAAUAGAUUUACCCAGGGCUAUGCCACGGGUCAUGACAUUGUUCUGCUGCACAAGGCCAUAGGAAUGAAAUCUCUUAUAUUUUGAUCUGGUAGAAUAGUGAGAGAACACAAGCAAUAAUUCCCCCCAAAUUUAUGUCUGAUUCCUCUUUCUGUGCCUCUCCAUGCUACAUUCAUUCCAUACCCACUCAUCCCAUUAAAAAAAAAAAUCUAAGAUCAGGCAUGGCAGUUGAAGAAUCAAAGGAAACCAUGUGAGUUGCUGGCACACAUGUAUCUGUGGUUAUUACAAAUGAGUUGGCUAGCAAAUUUACUUAUACUAAAACUUGAUUAUUAUUCAAGACUGAUGUUCAAGUAAUUGGAUAUGGUGUUGGUGUAUGGAUUUUUAAGCCAUCACAAGAACCACUAUAAUAAAGUAUAAUAAUGAAAA